CGUGUUUUACCGUCUUCCUAUUAAUUAUUACCCGGAAUUUCAAUCAUGUCUGCUGGUUCAGUUCUUGUUGCUGGUGGCACGGGCUACAUUGGCUCGUUCACCACCCUCGCCCUUCUCGAGGCUGGUUACAAGGUCGUCGUUGUUGACAACCUGUACAACUCUUCCCGUGAAGCUCUCAACCGCAUUGAGCUUAUCUGUGGCACAAAGCCCGAGUUCUACGAGCUCGAUGUCACCGUGGAGAACAGCUUCGACCAGGUGUUCGAGGCCCACCCCGACAUUGACAGCGUUAUCCACUUCGCUGCCCUGAAGGCUGUUGGCGAGUCUGGCGAGAAGCCCCUGGACUACUACCUGGUCAACGUCUACGGCACCAUCAACCUCUUGCGCUCCAUGGUCAAGAACAAUGUCACCAACAUCGUCUUCUCCAGCUCCGCCACCGUUUACGGUGAUGCCACCCGCUUCCCCAACAUGAUCCCCAUCCCCGAGGACUGCCCUCUGGGCCCCACCAACCCCUACGGCAACACCAAGUUCGCCGUCGAGAACGCCAUCACCGACCUGAUCAAUGCCCAGCGCAACAACGCCAUCAAGGCCGGCAAUGAGGCCGAGGCCAAGAAGUGGAACGGUGCUCUGCUCCGCUACUUCAACCCCGCCGGUGCCCACCCCAGCGGUAUUAUGGGCGAGGACCCCCAGGGUGUCCCCUACAACCUUCUCCCUCUUCUUGCCCAGGUUGCUACUGGCAAGCGCGAGAAGUUGAUGGUCUUCGGUGAUGACUACGCUUCCCACGACGGAACUGCCAUCCGCGAUUACAUCCACAUUCUGGAUCUCGCAGACGGCCACCUCAAGGCUCUGAAGUACCUCCGCGCCAACAACCCCGGUGUCCGCGCCUGGAACUUGGGUACCGGAAAGGGCAGCACCGUCUACGAGAUGGUCCGCGCCUUCUCCAACGCCGUCGGAAAGGACCAGCCCUACGAGGUUGCUCCCCGUCGUGCUGGAGAUGUCCUCAACCUCACUGCUAACCCUACCCGCGCUAACACCGAGCUCGGAUGGAAGGCUGAGCGUACCCUCGAGCAGGCUUGCGAGGAUCUCUGGCUCUGGACUAAGAACAACCCCCAGGGUUACCGUCAGGAGCCCCCUGCUGAGUUGCUCGCUCAGCUCAAGAAGUAAAUUUACUUCGAGUGAUGUGAUCUUGUUUGAGGCUUGUAAUGGAUCUUGCCUUUGUUGAUAUAGAAAUCCUGAAACCCUGGAUUUAGUUGGUAGAAUACAUGAAACGAAUUUCC